AUUGAAAGUUACUUUGCUUCGGGUGUUCAUGUCCACAGUAUCUUAAACUUGUCAUCGCGCGUUGGAUUUGUAACAACGCAAUGCAUCAAAAGAUCGUCGGUCAUAUCUUUACAACCCGACAAGUGCACGAAAAUUCACGAAUGGUGACGAAUAACGUUUCCGAGUACUUGAAGAAAGCAGUGAAUGUGACUCUUUCAUCAUCAAAUGAAAGGGCAAAAGACGAUUCAGAAGCUUACCAACACCAUUACAUUUAUAACAGAGAUGACGAAAUCCGCAGAAGCACAGGGUCCAUUUAUGGAGGUGAUAGCCCAUCAAAAGUGAAACCACAACCAAUGCAUGUCCGAAGUAACAGCGACACAAGUGAAAUAAAUGUUUCAGUGAGAAAUAACUACAUCGAUGGGCAUGCUGCAGAAGCCCAUUCUCCCACAGGAGAGAGUUUCUUUGCCAUAAUAAGAAAAUUUGAGCAAAACAUUCAAGAUGGACAGAAAUCGGUUCAAAAGUCCUGGUUUUAUGACAAUGAAAACCAGAAUUACCUUGUUGAUGGGCUCAGAGGAAAGACUGGUACAAGCUCUGCCAACUCAAGUCCCUUGGUUGAAAGAAGAACUCCUCUCUUACGUCGUAGAAACUCUUUGAGAAACAACAGUUAUUUUGGGAGAGUUUUUAAAGGUUCAGGGGAUGCGAAGGGAGGAGAGGAAGAGGUUGGAGAUGAACCAUCUAGAAAAUAUUUUGCACACUAUGACUGUCGCAGUAUAACAGUUGAUUUUGAUGAGCUGGCACACACAUUUUCUGCUCAAGGUGAUGGACUUAAAAGGAAGAACACACGCUCUGGUGCUUCAGCAGCAUCAACUCAGGUUACUGCAGCAACACUUGCUGACAGAAUGCAAAGACGUGGCUCAGACUCGAGUGCAGGCACAAAUGAGGACAAUCUUCCUGACAUGGGAGAUGACAAAAGUAAUGGGCUUGUUCUGAGCUGUCCCUAUUUUCGCAAUGAACUUGGUGGUGAGGAAGACCAAGACCCUCAGAUUGGUCUAACUCCAGAUAAUGUGGCAUUUCAAAAUCUUCAUGAUCCAAUGCAUCCCAAGGAACCAAAAUUGGACACAUUGAGGAGAAGGUCAACCCUUGAUAUUCUGUUAACUGCUUACGACUCGGCACAGGUUGGAAAUUUAAGCAGUGGAACAGGUGUGACAAUUCUUGACAACUCAACACCCGAGAGUGGUUUUUUAUAUCUUGGGGAGGGAUACUACAAUGAAGAUGGAGGAGUAUUUGAGCAUGUAGAUCAUGGAUCCUAUUAUUACAAGAACUUUUUCCUUGGUCAAGAACAUCUGAAUUAUCUUGGUAUGGAUGAGAGAUUUGGCCCUGUUGCGUUGUCCUUGAAACGAGAAAAGCUUGAUGAAAGCACUUCUCUACUAAACACAGGGGAGGCAGAAGGCAACACUUAUCAAUAUCGCAUAAUUGCUCGAUCUAGUGAAUUGACAACACUGAGAGGAAGUAUUUUAGAGGAAGCCAUUCCAUCAACUUCAAGACAUGGUUCAGCACGUGCCCUCCCAGCUAAGGAUAUCCUUGAACAUGUGAUUCCAGAGUUUCAGUUAACUGCUCUUAGGAUGGCACAACCUGGUAUAAAGGUUCCAGAACAGCUUGCGAAACUUGAUGAACAAGGGAUGACCAAUCAAUACAAAGUUGGUGUGUUAUAUGCAAAGAAUGGCCAGGGCACAGAAGAGGAGAUGUAUAACAACCAAACAUCAGGCCCAGCUUUCGAAGAGUUUCUUGACUUGAUUGGUGAAAGAGUUACCUUGAAAGGAUUUGAACGUUACAGAGCCCAGCUGGAUAACAGAAAUGACUCCACUGGGGAGUAUUCAGUGUACACACAGUUUCAUGGACGUGAAAUUAUGUUUCAUGUAUCAACGCUUUUGCCUUGGACACCCAACAACAGACAACAGCUUCUGAGGAAGAGACACAUUGGAAAUGACAUUGUGACAAUUGUGUUCCAAGAACCUGGUGCUCUUCCAUUUACACCAAAGAACAUCAGAUCUCACUUUCAACAUGUUUUUAUUGUGGUCAGAGUUUUCAACCCUUGCUCAGAUAACACAUACUACAGGGUUGCUGUAAGUCGUUCAAAAGAUGUUCCUCCAUUUGGACCUAAUAUUCCUGCAGGUGCAAAGUUUGGAAAGACACAAGCCUUUGCCGACUUCCUCUUGACCAAAGUCAUAAAUGCAGAAAAUGCUGCCCACAAGUCAGAGAAGUUCAGUGCUAUGGCCAGAAGAACCAGACAUGAAUACCUGAAAGAUCUUGCCACAAAUUUUGUCACCAACACCACACUAGAGACUGGGGCUAAAGGAAAAGGAAUCUUGAGAUCAACCAAGAAGAAGGAGAAAGUUCGUCCUCCAAUUUCUCCAGAAAAAGUCUCCAGAGGUGCAUUGGUUUGGAAUGUGCAGGUUGAAGAUUACAGGAAUGCCUCUAUGAUUGAGUGUAAGAUGGGAAUCUCUGCAGACAGUCUGGUGCUCAUUCACUCCUCAAGCAAAGAAGUGCUAUUUAGCAUUCCAGCCAAGUCUGUCAUAGGAUGGACAUCCUUAUCACAAAGCAUCAAAGUGUUUUAUGGCAGUGGUUAUUGUCUGGUGUUGAAUAUUCCAACACGUGAUUCAGAUGACAUCCCAGAGAUUGUCAGGCGACUGGAAGAAAUUUCUAUUGGUUGUCAGACUCAAACAAUGACUUUGCGGCGAAAUGGUAUGGGACAGUUAGGAUUCCAUGUACGGUUUGAAGGCCUCAUUGCGGAUGUCGAGCCUUCUGGAUUUGCUUGGCAGGCAGGGCUAAGACAAGGAUGCAGGCUUGUGGAGAUCAACGGGAUGAUAGUAGCCACACUGAGUCAUGAUCAGAUGAUUGACAUCUUGCGUAAGCCAGGUUCAGUGACGGCUGUGAUAGUGCCACCAUUCCAGAGUGGAAAGCCAAGAAAGGGUAUCCAGCCGACCACUGGUUCCUACUGGAGCUCCUCCAAUCGUGCCUCGGUCACAACCAUGUCGUCAUUCGGCAGUGCGUCAUCAGUGGCAGAGGAAGGCGAGUCACGUGAUCACUCAGCAGCCUCGUCUUCAUCCAUAUCAGCCCCUGACAAUAGUAGAAAACAGCCGCCAAAAGGUUUGACGUCCAAGAACGAAGUGAAAGGGAAGGAGAGUCCAUGGAUCAUGCGCUCGAAUAAUGCGGCUUCCAUGGAUGGCAGAGCUAUGUACUCAGUCUCCCGUCCUCCUGACCCACCGUUGUCGCCCAGUGCGAGCUCAGCCUCGUCUGUCAGCGGUAGCACGUCAACGCUUCACGAAACAUCACGACAACAAGCUGCUACCUACGGGGCUUCAUACACUGUGACAAGCAUUACUCCAACAGAUCCUAGACACCAGGCGUCCUCUGAAGCACACGUAGCGCCAAAAUGGAGCGGGCAUUUAGCGGUAGAUUCAGACCCACGGCCAGCCAAGCCUGUUGGUGUGACGUUAAAGGCCCAUACAGCUUCAGGCACCUUAUAUGCCAUCGCCAGCGGACCCUCGUCUCCGCCAGCGUCUCCGCGUACCCCAGAGACCCCCAUAUUUGGAAGUACUUCACAGAGACAUCGCAGAGUGGUUCUGAAUGGUCAAGGGGAUGGAAACACUCCUUUAAGGAUAGAGGGAAGUUUACAGGAUGGGAGACCGCUAGCGGACAGUUAUGGUACUAUUCGUGUGAACAUUGAACCGUCAGUAGCGUCAAUGCCAAAUGACAAAGCACGAGAACCAGAAGUUGCUAAUGGUGAGGUGAUGCAAGCUGCUGCUUUGCCUUUUAAAGAAACAAGUCUUGGAGCAGUUAUUACUACUGUCAACACUUACAAACAGAAACAAAGCUACGAAGACAUCAGCGAAGCCUCUAUGUCUGACACUGUCGAUCAGAUCGAACGCGCGUUUGGUUUUAAAACACCUGACAUGAUCUCGAACGGAACUGGGAGCCUGGAGCGGAACAGCAGCAUGCGAGUGAAGAACGGAGACAGGAGCCCUUCCGAUUCUAUGCAGGACAUUCACCUGACCCGCCGUGUGCAGUCAGGGGAUUCACUGAAUCGAUACAGUGAUGAUGACGAAAGUCCCAUAAAUAUUCUGAAACGACUGUCAAAAGAAGCCAACAGAGAGCAGGACAGAGUGAAGCAGAGAAAGAGCGAAGGAGAUCUGCCACAUAAUAUGAUUAAAAGCAGGACAACCACUGUGGUCGAAGCAUCACCAACAUCGGUUGAAGUUAAGAAAGAAGCCGGAAGGAAGUCUGAGUACGAAGCGCGGAUAGCCGCAAGAAACCUGCUUAUAGAACGCUUAGAAAAUCACAGGCAAUCACUCGAAAGCCACAACGUAGAGGGAAUCAAAAUUUACCAUGCUAAAAGUAGAAGUACACCGGCUGAUGGGGCGAAAAGGUUAAAUGGCGAAAAAUCGCACAAGGCGCGGCAGACCUCGCAGGAUGACAGUGCAAAGAAUUCUUUAGAGAGGGACGGUGUGGAAGGAUUGGGGAAAGGUGAUCAUUAUUUAAGGCGGAAGAAAUCUGCUCCUGAAUCACCAAAUGUUAAGACAGUUCGUACUCCAGAUAAUUACCGAGCAGGCAAACCAGUGGUACGCUCUGAACGAAAAAUCCGCUUGACAAGUUCUGCGAGUUCGAGCGGUCAGACACCGGAAAAAAGUCAAACAGUACCCCGUCAGAGAUCAAGCCGGCGACAGAGGCAUGCGUCCAAACAGAUGGCUGCUGCCAAUGGUGGAAAUUCAGAUUCAUCUGAUGAAGGACGUAAUAAUCGAUUUUCGCGAAGUGGAGAUUCCGUCGAUGCCAGUCCAUCCGUUGUGGAAAAGCUUCUUUUCACGCCCGAUAGCAACAAAAAGUCUAAGAGUCUCCCGCGCGAGUUGGAAUCAGGAGCGAUGCCACACGCGAGUGACUCUCGCGAAAUGCGCAGUCAUCGCUCGCAUUCUCAUUCGCACUCAUCACAUCUCAAAGGAGCGCGUAUUACCAAGAUUAAAAUGAGCGCAAGCGAGGAACCCAAUGAUUCUAUUGUGGAUCAGACCUCGCGGCUGUUACACGCCGCUAAAGCUGUCAAAUACGACAAAGGAUCUUCCCUUGUCAUAGCUGAAGAUGUGUUGCACUCACUAACUCGCGCGUCUGAUCUGCUCCAUCAUCAGUCGUCGGCUGCCAGGGAGGAGAAGGAAAGAGACAGGAAGGAUAAAGACAAGUCACUUAACAGAAUAAAGGCACCUGGCCGUGGUCGUUCACAUGGACCUCACAAGUUUUACAUCCCUGUUGUGCCCAGGAGACACAGCUUCGAUGAAAGAAUAUUCGCCGCACCGAGUGCCAAAGGCAAUUCUGGUGAAAGGAAGGAGAAGAGAGACACCGAAUGGAUGUUGAAUUAAGAAGACUUCAGAGAGAAAACAAAAGACUUCAAGAUGAUCUCCGGACCGCCUCGCACCAACUUCGGAAAUUUUCCGAGUGGUUUUUCACGUCAGUUGAACCAAGUAACACGUGAUACAGACACCAUGAAUUGUUCGUUGGAUAAGUUUCUAUUUUAAAACGUUUCUUACAUCGUUCAUAGAGUUAAGCCUUUUAAAGUAUUAUUGAACAAGUAACGUUUAUUAAGAGAAAGGUGCUAUUCUUUACAUAUCUAAGAUUGAACUGGUAAAAUAGCUUGAAAGAUGUUGUAUUUUCAUAGCGUUUGAUAUAUUAAGGCAAGUAGUAUAUGUAACAAAUUGUCAAAUAUUUUCAUUGGUUGGUUUUCGA